CUUGCUAAUCAGUAUACCACAUUGCAACUAACAAAGAUGGUUCUCUCAAUAUUUCAGCUCCUUCUUAUCCCUCUCAUCUUUUCCUUCACUAUCUUAUUGUUCUUGAUUCCUUUCAAAUUGCUUUCAUCUCCUUCUAAACCCCGUAAAAACCUACCACCAUCCCCGCGAAAGCUUCCAAUUAUUGGAAACCUUCACCAACUAGGCUCAAGCCCCCAUCUCUCUUUACGAGCCAUAAGCCAAAAACACGGGCCACUUGUGUUGAUUCACCUAGGUAGUGUACCCGUGUUGGUAGUGUCCUCAGCUGAAGCAGCUAGAGAAAUCUUGAAAACCCAUGAUUUGAUAUUCUCGAGUAGACCAAAGCUAUACAUUCAUGACAAGCUUAGUUAUGGUUCUAAAGACAUAGGAUUUGCCCCAUACGGCGAGUAUUGGAGGCAGGUCAAGAGCAUUACGGUGCUCCACCUUCUAAGCCGUAAACGAGUUCAAUCCUUUAGAAAGAUAAGAGAAAAGGAAACAAUUAAUAUGAUUGAAACGAUUGGCAAAAGUUGUGGCUCUGUAGUUGAUGUGACUCAGUUGCUUUUUUUGCUUACUAACAACCUAUUAUGUCAAGUGGCCUUAGGAAAGACAUAUAGAGAUUUAAAGUUAAUGGACUUGUUGUCAAGAUCUCAGCACCUACUUGGUGCUUUUGUUGUAGGGAGUUAUAUUCCGUCGUUAUCAUGGGUGGAUCAAUUGCGUGGUUUAGAACGAGAAGCAAAUGAAGUUGCUAAAGAAUUUGACGAGUUUCUUGAUGUUAUUAUUGACGAGCAUAUAGAUAAGAAUAUGAAGGCAGAUGCUAAUGGUGAUGGAGGAAAGGAAGAAGGCCAAGAUCUGGUUGAUAUCUUACUCGACCUUCAAAAGGGAAACUCAACCAACUUUACAUUUGAGAGAGAUACCAUUAAAGCCGUCAUCUUUGAUGUGUUUUCUGCCGGAACCGAUACAACAUACUCAAAUGUAGAAUGGACACUAAGCGAGCUAGUAAGAAACCCGGAUAUAAUGAAGAAGCUACAAACAGAGGUAACAAAAAUAGCUCGAGGAAGAUCAAUGGUCACAGAGGAUGAUACGCAUGAAAUGCAUUACAUGAAAGCCGUUCUUAAAGAGAGCUUGCGAAUACACCCUCCAGUCCCACUACUAGUUCCUCAUGAAUCAAGGGAGGAUGUGAAUAUAAUGGGGUAUGAUAUCGCAAAAGGCACCCAAGUGAUGGUUAAUAAUUGGGCAAUAGCAAGAGAUCCUUCGAUAUGGGAAGAACCGGAGAAAUUUAACCCCGAUAGGUUUUUAAACAGUUCCAUGGACUAUAAAGGAUUCCAUUUUGAAUAUAUACCUUUUGGUGCUGGCCGAAGAGGGUGUCCUGGUACUGAAUUUGCUAUGGUAACUAACGAGGUUGUGUUGGCAAAUAUAGUUCUCAAGUAUGAUCUGGCAAUGCCAAAUGAUGGCAAACCCGAAGAAUUAGACAUGACUCCAGCUCCCGGAUUAUCUGUUGUUAGGAAGUCUCAUCUACUUGUUGUGCCUUCAUCUCGUAUCUAGUAAAGUUCGUGAUGGUGUCGGAUAAAAUGCUUAAAUGAUAAUAUUGCAAUAAUAUUUUUAAUAAAUUCUACUUCUGGUA